GUUUUUUUUUUCUUUCUUGUACAAACAAUAAUAAAAAAAAGAUGUUUAGUAGAGUCUCAAAAACCCUCCUUACUAAGGCAAGACAGACAGCCACUCGAUCCAUUUCGACUUAUAACGCAGCCAUUGCCGGUUUGACACCUCAGCAAGAAGAACUUCGUCAAGCAGUUCAUGACUGGGCUAAUGUUGAGCUUUCUCCUCGUGCCGGGGCUAUCGAUAAAGAGAACGAGUUUCCGAUGGAUAUGUGGAAAAAGUUCGGUGAUAUGGGUUUAUUGGGUGUUACUGCUCCCCAAGAAUAUGGUGGUCUCGGUUUGGGUUAUUUUGAACACACGCUCGUUAUGGAAGAAAUCUCCAGAGCUAGUGGCUCAGUUGCUCUUAGUUAUGGUGCACAUUCCAAUUUGUGCGUAAAUCAAAUCACACGUAACGGUAAUAAAGCUCAAAAGGAUAAGUAUUUACCUAAAUUGAUCUCGGGUGAUCACGUUGGCGCUCUUGCCAUGUCAGAACCUGGAGCUGGGUCUGACGUUGUAAAUAUGAAGUUACGUGCAGAUAAAAAGGGAGAUCAUUACGUGUUAAACGGUAACAAGUUCUGGAUUACCAAUGGUCCUGAUGCGGAUGUUUUGGUGGUCUAUGCAAAGACGAACCCUGAAGCUGGACCUAAGGGAAUUACGGCGUUUUUGAUUGAAAAGAACUUCAAAGGGUUUUCUGUUGGACCCAAGUUUGAUAAGUUGGGCAUGCGUGGCUCAAAUACUUGUGAGUUGAUCUUCGAUAAUUGCGAAGUGCCUGUCGAGAAUGUUUUGGGUGAAGUCAAUAAGGGUGUUUAUGUCUUGAUGAGUGGAUUAGAUCUUGAACGUCUUGUGCUUUCUGGCGGACCUUUAGGUUUAAUGCAAGCUGCGUUAGAUGUCACCGUGCCCUAUGUCCAUGAACGUCGUCAAUUCGGUGUACCAAUUGGUGAAUUCCAACUCAUGCAAGGAAAACUGGCGGAUAUGUAUACUAAAAUGAAUGCAUCUCGUGCAUAUGUGUACGCUGUCGGUCGUGCUUGCGACGGAGGUAAUAUUAGUAACAAAGAUUGCGCAGGAGCCAUUCUGUACUCCGCCGAAAGAGCAACCGAAGUAGCUCUUGAUGCAAUCCAAUGUCUCGGUGGAAAUGGCUACACCAACGAGUACCCUACAGGUAGAUUAUUGCGUGAUGCCAAGCUGUAUGAAAUUGGUGCAGGAACAAGUGAAAUUAGACGAAUGUUGAUUGGUCGAGAGUUUAAUAAGCAAUUCAAAUAAAUCUCUCUUACGUGUUUGCCUUAAUUCAGCCGAUUUGUGUAUGAUAAAAAAGAGUUAAAUAAACCAACCAAUGAAAAUGGGACUCAGCUUAGGAUUCCCACCUGUUUGAUAACGCGAAAUCAGACGGGUGCACAUGUGACUUUUAGUUUUUUUUCCCUUU